UCGAGUGAUGUUUCUUGGAUUGUUUAUUUUUGUUGAGUUUAAAAUGUGCAGCUCACUUGCCCAUACCGGAGCAGAAAACAGUGAUUUCGCUUCUGUUGCCAGUUCGCCUCAUUUUGUCGAUAAAACCCUUUUGAUAAAGGAGUUUUUCAAAUACAAAACAAACAAUCGAAUGUUGGUGACUGCUCCUCGUCGCUUUGGCAAAUCUCUGAACAUGAACAUGAUCAAAACGUUCUCUGAAGCUUUGUUAGACGAGAAAGGAAACUGGACAAUCAGGGAGGAGACGGAGAACUAUAAAACAUUCGCGGAUAACAACCUCACCAUCUUCCAGGACUCGGUGUUCUUCGACAAACACUUUGGGAAAUACCCCGUCAUCUUCUUGAACUUCAGCCAGUUGAAUUACUCCGGUUUUGACGUGUUCAUAAGUGGGUUCAAAGCAAUGAUAUCGGCAGAGUUCGAAUCUCGAAGGUAUUUGCUGAAGAGCAGCAUUCUCACCAAAAGAGAUUCGGGCAAGAGGGAAGGAUACUACAAUAAAACUGUUAUCACCGAUCUGCAUGAAAGAGACUUACGCAAAAGCAUGUUGUUUUUAUCAAAACUUUUGUUUGUGCAUUUCAACUAUACAAAAUGUAUCAUACUUAUAGACGAUUACGAUACUCCAGUAAGAAAUGCCAUAGUCGAAUCAAGCUCGGACUUGGAAUCGAUAUUGGAGUUUAUGCGUAAUUUUAACGCCGAAGUUUUAAAAUCCAACCCCAAUGUUGAUAGAGCAUUGAUAAACUCUUGCUUGGCCAUAGGUGACGUCAUAACUGCUAAAGAUACAAACAUAAAAUAUAUUCCUUUCUUAGAAGACGCGAGAUUUUUGGACUUCUAUGGAUUUAUGAAAGAUGAAGUAAAAGUGUUGCUCAAGAAAGUAAGAAAGUUGCAUAUGCUAGAAGUAAUCCAAAAGUGGUACGGGGGAUAUUCUGUGCAAAUGGGCAACAUUAGAGUAUUUAAUCCUUUUUCGAUUUUGAAUUUCUUGAAAUACAAGAAAAUUGAACGUUUUUGGGCAAAAUCCGUCAAUAUUGAUGAUUUAGAGGAAGUAUUUCUCUAUCCAGAAGUGAAGAAGAAGAUAGAGAAGAUUAUGGAUACUACGGUAGAAAUCAAAGCAACACACAAAAUAAAAAUAAAACACAUAAGCAGACUGAAAGAAAUAGUCAACAUAACACAAACUGACAUAAGCGAAAAAGAUGCUGAUUUGUUCAUAAAAUAUUUGACCGAUUUGGGUUACUUUAAUGUUGUGUAUAACGGGGAAAAGGUGACGAUUUUAGAUAUUCCCAAUUUAGAGUUGAACUAUGAAAUUGAUAAUAUAAUUUCUUAUACUUCUUAUUUCAUAAAUAAAACUAAUAUUUAGUUCUUCUGACGAAAAUAUUAAGUACACGAAUACACAUGUUAUUAAAAC